AUGGCUGGAGUUGUGAAUGGUGUCCGGGUCGCAACCGACGACCCCAACCGUGUCAUCACCGUCAGCGCCCAAUGGGGCAAAACUGGCUCUGACACCACUAUCAGCUACACCAACUGCAAGGCUGUUGGAAAUGGAAGUUUUGGUGUCGUCUUUGCCGCCAAGAUGUCUCCGGUGAAACACGAUGACGGAGAGGAGGAGCCAGAAUCGGACAUUGCUAUCAAGAAGGUUUUACAAGACAAGCGGUUUAAGAACCGAGAACUGCAGAUCAUGCGUCUUGUUCACCACCCCAACAUUGUCGACCUGAAAGCCUUCUUUUACUCCAACGGUGACAAAAAGGACGAAGUCUACCUGAAUCUCGUGCUCGAAUUAGUCCCCGAGACUGUCUACCGGGCUUCCCGCCACUACGCCAAGCUCAAGCAAGCUAUGCCCAUGCUGCAGGUCAAGCUGUACAUGUACCAACUCCUCCGCUCCCUCGCGUACAUCCACGCCGUCGGUAUCUGCCACCGAGACAUCAAGCCCCAAAACUUGCUUCUCAACCCCGCCACUGGUGUGCUCAAGUUGUGUGAUUUCGGUUCCGCCAAGAUCCUCAUUGCGGGUGAGCCAAACGUGUCAUACAUUUGCUCCAGGUACUACCGAGCUCCCGAGCUCAUCUUUGGUGCCACAAACUACACCACCAACAUUGAUAUCUGGUCAACCGGAUGUGUGAUGGCCGAAUUGAUGUUGGGACAGCCUCUGUUCCCUGGAGAGUCGGGUAUCGACCAGUUGGUGGAGAUCAUCAAGGUUCUGGGUACUCCUACAAGGGAGCAAAUCAAGACGAUGAACCCCAACUACAUGGAACACAAGUUCCCCCAGAUCAAGCCCCACCCCUUCACCAAAGUCUUCCGCCCCCGCACUCCCGCCGAUGCCAUCUCUCUCAUCAGCACUUUGCUCGAGUACACGCCGUCGGCGAGGUACACGGCGCCAGAAGCGUUGGUACACCCCUUCUUUGAUGAGCUGAGGGUCGAAGGGUCGAGGUUGCCGAACGGAAAGGACAUGCCAGUGCUGUUCAACUUUACCAAGGAGGAAUUGUCGUCUCGACCUGACCUCAUCCGCCAACUGAUCCCUCCUCACACCGAGGAGACUCUUCGCGCAAACGGCAUCGAUGUCAACGACUUUAAGCCCAUUCCUCCCGAGCAGCUGCGUGUCCACCUGGACUAA